UAGAGAUAAACCAAUAUUGUGAGAGAAAAUAUGGCUCAGGCCACUGGAAAAGUGUGUGUGACAGGAGCCGGCGGCUACCUUGGCUCUUGGGUUGUCAGGCAUCUUCUCUCCAACAACUACACAGUCCACGCCACCGUUAGACAGCCUGGGGAUGCCAAAUAUGCCCAUUUGAAUCAACUUGAGAGAGCAUCCCACAACCUCCAACUCUUCAAGGCUGAUCUUCUCGAUUACGAUUCCCUUUGUUCCGCCAUUUCAGGCUGCACCGGUGUCUUCCAUGUUGCCUCUCCCGUUCCCACCACCACCGUUUCGAAUCCUCAGGUGGAAGUGAUUGAACCGGCCGUAAAGGGCACACUUAAUGUGCUUAAAGCAUGUGUUGAAGCCAAGGUUAAACGAGUUGUUGUUGUGUCCUCUAGAGGUGCUGUUGCAUUCAACCCUAGGUGGCCGGUGGGUCAGAUCAAGGAUGAGGCUUGUUGGUCUGACAAGGAACACUGUGCAGCAACAAAGAAUUGGUAUUGCCUUUCAAAGACAGAAGCGGAGAGUGAAGCUUUUGAGUUUGCAAAAAGCUCUGUGCUUGAUGUUGUCACUGUUUGCCCUCUCAUAUUGGGCCCACUUCUGCAGCCCACCAUAAAUGCUAGUAGCUUGGCUCUCGUUAGACUUUUAAAAGGUGGAUUCUACUGAUUCUACUUCUACCUUCGAAUGAUAGUUGAUGUGCGCGAUGUAGCUGAGGCAUUGCUUCUGGUGUAUGAGAAGGCAGAGGCUGAAGGAAGGUACAUAUGCAUGGCUCACUUGACCAACCCACGUGACCUUGUUGAUAAGCUCAGAAGUAUAUUCCCUCAAUACGAUUAUCCUAAAAGAUUUAUUGAGGGAGGGGAGGAAGAUAUUCUUAGUUCAGAAAAAUUACAGAGGCUGGGUUGGAGCUAUCGGCCCUUGGAAGAAACUCUUGUGGAUUCCAUUGAGAGCUAUAAGAAGGCUGGAAUCUUGGAUUAAUAUAUAAAACAGCCAUUUGCUUAUGGUUUUUAUAUCUGUUCACUGUGUGCUCUGGUUUCCUUCAGAUCGCAUGGAA